AUGGCGACAAAACAUGGCCCGGCGCGGCCUCACCUGCACCCCGGGGAGGUGACGCUCCUGGAUUAUGCUGCGGAUGACUCUCGCGAUGUUGUGACGCUAUCCGACAAAGAAGCCUUGGUCCUCCAGCUCUACAACCAAGUCCAGGAACAGCAACUGGAGAAGGCGGUUCUCGAACAAGAGCUGGAGUCGCUGUCCGGCGAAAAUGCCGACGAGCAACUCGCGAUCGCGGAACGGGAGCUCCUCGAGGCGCGAGCUACCUACACGGUCAGGAGGAAAGCCGCUCGCACGAUCCUCAUGACCGACCCCAUCCUCAAAGCGGUUCACCUGAAGGCGACCACGCCAGCUGAGCGGUAUGUUCCCCUACAAUCUCAGUCUUAUCCUACGACUAAACCACCAUCGCACAGUGCGCUUCUUCGUCUUGUCAACCGCCGCGAUGUGCUCGCGCUUGCACAUGAGAAUCUGUCGUCGGCGCAUGACUUGGUGAUGAAACAACUCCCCAAUUUGGAAGUCGAGAAUCUCCAGAUCAACCGAGAGAACCAGGAACUGGUGCGCCAGCUCUUAGAGAUCACGAAGCAGGAUUCCUCGUGGAGAGACAAGCUCGAGGACGCGAAUCUCGCGUCGCAGCUCGAUGAUCUGGAGGCCGACCAAAAGAUGCGCAAGGCGCGAUGGGAUACGAUGAAAAAUAUUGCCAGCGCCAUUGUGGUUGGCAGUGGACUAAACUGGGCCGACGACGAUACCCUACGCGCUUUGGUGCUUGAUGAGAGCGACGACUGA